CUAGUUCCUACUAAGAUGGGUUUGGUCUUGGGAAGCAGCACUUCAAACCAUAGAAUCUCCAGUUUAUUGUUAUUUAAAUCAGGUCUUGGGUUGUACACUGCUGGAGGCUGUCACACUCAACACCAGCUGCUGGGCUCGCCAUCCCAACCGCUCGGUGGAUGUUCCACUGACUCGCCUUCGAAUCGGGCACUCGCGACUGGCGGCUCAUCUGUAACGCCUUCGGAUGACAGACUCUCCGUACUGCCGGUGGUGCCCCUCACAGCCUGAGACGGUGGAACACUUCCUGCUGUGGUGUCCACGUUAUCACUGCACGGACUACUCUCCGUGCGGCCUUGCGCACAUUUGGGGUGCACGCUUUCACUCUACCUGUCCUCUUCAACAGGGAGGGGUUUUGCCCUCUGGACGGUCAGGAGAUAUUGAUCUGUACCUGCUCCUUCCUGGUGGCUUCAGGGCGUAUCAGGGACAUAUAAUACGCAGUUAUUAGUCAAACCAUUCUUCCACUUUAGUGGAGGUUCCCUCUCCCAGCACUGGACGGCCGGGCUCGAUACAGCGUAUGCUGUCAGUGGCCCUGACACCCAACAGUAGAACACCAGCUGCUUCUUGGCAAUUUAUUAGUCAACACAUCAAGGAAUUUUAAAGUACAUCGCUCUUAUCCUGAAUAUUAAGAAAGUGAAACCAGAGUUACAGGGGUUGAUUCGUGUCUGCAGCAGCCGCGUCAUAACUUGUAUUUUAACAACCCCAGCAUCAAAAGGAAAAAAAAAUGACAGCAAGUCUAACUUGACCGUGAGUGAGACGCAGCAGUUCUGGCAGACCUCACUAGAAGCCUUUAAUAAACUAUAGCUAAAGUCAGCAACUUAUUGUUAGUACCCAGGAGUUCGCCAACACUACUGUCACUAUUACUGGAUGAUACUAACGUAAUGAUUUAGCGCUUUUUUGUGAGCAAAAUACAUCUCCAGGUCUCUCUCCAGGAACUUUCCACUUUUUUUUUUAGCUCUUUUCUGCCAUACCUGUGAACCGACUCUUCUGAAAGAUGGAAGUUCUUAAUAGCAUUAUAUAUCUCCUGAUGGAAUGGAAUUUAAGUAUGCUGAUGUUUAUAGUAUAUUUUGUGAUAAUAAGUGUCAGCGGUACUCUAAUAAACUUCGUAAGGAACUGGGUGCCACUGCCUCAUGCUUUCAUACAGGCCUUCAAAUUUGGUAAAAUGGCUCACACUGCCCAAGUCAACGCUCUUGUUGCUCAUCUAGAAGUCCCCAAGAGAUGGUUUAUGCAUUUUUAUAUAUUUGCUUCUGUGAUAGUGACAGUAGCCAUAAUGCAAAUGUGGACCUUGUACGUAAUGAGGUCUCCUUUGCCAGCAUGGGCCAGUCUUACUCUAGAUGUUCUCUCCACACCACACAGGAAACCAACAGUGUAUUUUCUUGCAGUAAAUGUUACUACAGCAGCGUUGGGACUGUCAUUACUGGCUGCCCAGAUAUAUAGAAGAUUGUACGAGAAUCUCUUCAUUAGUGUGUUUAGCUCGGGUCGUAUAAAUAUUUUGCAUUACAUCGUUGGCCACACACACUACUUAGGAGCUGUGAUUCUCCUGGUAUCUGAGGCUCCAGGGUUUGAUGGUGAAGAACAGGAUGUUUCAAUCUCUGGUGUUACGUACUUGCAAAUUGUAGGAACACUUGUGUGUUUCUUUGGCUUUGCCAUCCAAAAUAAAAGCCUACGUUUGUUAGCUGCUCUAAGAAAACACCACGGUAAAAAAGUGACGGAAAAGCACAUUAUGCCACAAGGAGGGAUGUUUGAAGUGGUAUCAUGUCCACACAUGAUGGCUGAAGUUUUGGUGUACCUGGGCAUCCUCCUCAUCUUACAGAGGCACACAGGCUGGAUCAUUGUUACACUUUGGGUUAUUUCCAACCAGAUUCAGGUUGCAGUGAUGAACCACAAAUGGUACCAGGAGAUCUUCAAAGAUUAUCCACGCAAACGUAGAGCUAUUUUCCCAUUUUUAUUAUGAAUAUUAUUUACUGUGUAUAUUACUAGUGUAUAAAUAGAUGAUCAUCUGACCAGAUUGUAUAUGGAGUAUAAUACAGAAAGUCCUCACUUAACGUUAUUGAUAUGUUCUUGGAAACUGUGACUUAUAGCGAAACAACAUAGUAUAACGAAACCAAUUUUACCAUAGGCUAAUUGAUAGCAUGAGUCCACAGCGCACCUUUAGCACUCAUUGCAACAGGGUUAAAUCAAGAAAUAAAUGGUUGCAAAGUGGAGCCUAUCCUGGGAGCUCAGGGUGCAAGGCAGGAACCAACCCUGAACAGGAUGCCAUUCUAUUAUGGUACACUCACACACACACACACUCAUACUAGGACAAUUUAGACACACCAAUUAUCCUAAUGUGCACAUCUUUGGGAUGUGGGAGGAAAUUGGAGUACCUGGAGAAAACCCAUACAGACAUGGGGAUAAUGUGCAAACUCCACACAGACAGUGGCCCUGGCUGGGAAUCGAUUUUUUUCCUCAUCGUUAUAACAAAACGACGUUAAGCGAGGGCUUAAUGUACUGGAGACUAAACCUACUUCUUUAAAACUGCAAGAAGGCCAGGUCAGUGCUCAGUAUACUUGCACAGUUUUUUACUGUCACAAUACAGUAUGGUAAAAUUCUCAUUUCCUCACUCAGCUACUGUGAAUGUUCAGGUUGUAGUUGGUGGUUUGAGAAAACAUUCUUACAGAAUACAUAAAUGCUGUAGACACAAACAUGGGGUGAGGCUUUAUUCUGGGCUAGUCUUUAUGAGGAAAAGCAGCCUUAGAAAAUAUCUAGAACAAUUAUUAUUUUGUCUUGGUAUGUAGAUAUUGCUUUUGGAGAAAAAAUGGUAUAUUUUUCAAAUGCUGUUAUAGUAUUUAUCUCAUUAUAGACACUGUUAAUUCAUUUAUUAUGUACAAUAGAUUGUAUUACAGAGAUGUGGUUUAAGUUUUGUAAUUUUCAUGAAUUUUGAUAUAUAAUUUUGAGCAUAUCUUAUAUACUCUGUACUGUGAUUGAUAAAUAUGCAAAUAAAAGUGUAAAUUUGUUA